AUUCCAUCAAUGAAGAUGAAAGCCCUGUUGCCUCUAUGCAGACAACACACGUGUAGAUGAAAAAUUCCUCAUAGAUCCUUUCAGAAGAUCCAGUCAGGCACAUUUAAAGUCAUAAGUGCCAACUUCGGGCCAACGGUUCCUCCUAGAACCUUCAAGAUGGUACAUAUAGCUGUGUUGGGCUGUGGCCUGAUGGGCAGCAAAAUAGCAGGUUGCAUGGCAUACCAUGGCCACAAAGUCAAGGUGUAUGAUUCCAACUCUGGAGCCCUAGAUGCUCUGCACAGCAACUUGGAGGUGGACAAGAGAGAACUGAAAAGUGAGGGAUUAAUGAUCCAUCCCAACUUCCUUGGCCAAGUUUUAUGCAUCAGUAGGCUUGAGGAAGCAGUCAGGGAUGCUGAAUACAUCUUUGAGGCAGUUGUUGAAGAUCUAGAAAUCAAGCAAAAUCUUGUUCGAGAGGUGUCCCAUCUAUGCAGUCAAGAUGCAGUCAUCAGCACCAACACCCUCAAUCUGGAUAUACGAGAAAUAGCGGUCAAAGCAGCCUACCCAGAGAGGGUCAUGGGACUGCGCUUUCUGCACCCUGUCUAUGCUGUGCCCGAAGUGGAGAUAAACCCGACAGCAUUCACUGCUCAGAAGUGUGUUGAGAAAGUGAGGCAGUUUCUAGAAGGCAUCGGCAAAACCCUAUUUUUCCGGUCAGGCAUGGAGCCUCUUAUCCUGACACCUGAGCAGAUAAACUCCAGAAAACUUGCACGCAGGCAGCAGUUAUUACGACAACAUGGCAUGCUGGGAAUUCCAGAUCGGGGUAUGCCUCACCUAGGUCACAGCGGAAACUUGACACCACCUCAAGAUGAUGAAUGCGCCACUGUUGUUGACCGGGACUGUGCUAUCUGCAUGGACAGGCCCAGAGACUGCCUUCUCUGCCCUUGCCAUCACCUGGUCACCUGCCACGACUGCGCAAAAUCCUUGAUGAAUCGCAGGGAUUUCUGCCCCAUUUGUCGAAAGGAGAUUACUGAGACAAUCAGGGUCUAUACUUCAUGAAUGUAUUCCUGUGUGGAUGCAUUGUUCUAGUUAAGCACUUCUAAUGAACUGGAUACAGGCAUGUAAACCAGUAGUUUGCCUAUAAGUAGACAGUGUAUGUACGUGAUACCCCCCCAAAACAGCUAGGACCCAUGAAAGCUACCAUUCCUUAUAUUGCCCUACCCAAAACACAUUUGGCAUUCUAGUCGGUGUACUGGCAUGCAAGCAUGCUAGUGCACAGAAGUUGCUUUACUCAAUUAUGUGUGCUAUCAUAUUGGUACUACCGGUAUAGUACUUGUACUUGUCCAGAGUGGAAUUUGAGGCAGUUCACGUUAUAGUCAGGGUUCUUCAACAACUGUCUCCUGCUGAAUUAAUAUUAUCCGAUAAAUGUGCAGCAAGCUGUUAUUUGUGAAUUACUAUUCGAUUAAAUGUGGAAUAUGGAACAUCUGUGCUUGUUUGACUUGAGUACUGCUUGCGCAGAGCCAAUCAGUAGCUGAAUCUUAAAUGACUGAAUAUGUGGGAGCAAGAAGUCAGCAGCUGACAGCUGGAUUCUGUAGCUUUUAGUCAUCUUUGAAUGAAACCUGUAGGAAUUGGGCCCUUGUCCAUGCAUGCAGUGAUUAGAUGUCUCAUAAGAAGACUAUACAGAGUUUGGAUUAAAAUUCCUGUUCCUUCUCGUUACCCUCAGGGUCUAGAUCUUGAGUGUCGGCAACAUGGCGUACACUCUACAGGUAUUCCAUAUUGACCCAAAAAAGAUAAAGUUGAGCCUGUAUUUUGGGCCUGUUUAUUCAAUAUUAUGUUCAACAACAAAUAUGCAAAAUCUCCAAGCCUGUAAGGAGUGUUACUGGCCUAUCUGCUCUGAGCUGGAACUAGAGAGGGCUUGUGUUCACAAAGCAUAUAUGGUCCUGUGGUGGGAACUCGCCACAAGCUAAUUGCGUAUAGAUUCAUGUGUGCUCAAAUGGUGUGUGCUUGAACAUGUGGGCUAGAUUUCUGUUUGACUUUAUGGUCAUUGAGAAAGUACUAAGUGCGUGCACAAGUCUGGUAAGAAAACUUCUAGCAGCCUGUCUCGUCUUUGCUGGUAAGGGUGCACUUCAACUUCAGGAAAGUGACUUGGUCAAGAUAAUUUCCUUGUUUUGUAUUGUGUAUAUAUUUUUCUUAGUCUAUCACUGCCAUUUCAACAAAGACCAGUAAAAAACUGGGGAGUAUCUGAAAUUUCCAAACCAACUGGCAGUCUGAAAUCUACACAAGCUGGUGAACUGAGUCCAGACCAACAAAACACCCCAUGGACAUCGUAUGAAAAAAUCCUGACUUGUAAUACCUUUGUACUGAAUGAAGCCACCAGCGGCCAUUUUACCCUGCCAAAUACAAAGGCAAUGGUUGGCUGACUUGCAAUAAACCAAUUGCGCCUGCUAAGUCACAUGCCCUACAGUGAAUAUCGACAAAAAUGGCCUUCUCCAAAAGCAAAUUGUUUCAUGAGUGUCAUUUACCAAAAUUAAAGCCGUCGGUAUGCAUUGCACUCAGACUAUUGAUGUGCUGGGUACUGUACCAUAAAUGGGCUUUGUUGUUCGUAAACCACACUCAAAACACAUGUUGAUAUAGGGUUGAUACCCACUACAGGUCAUAUGAUUUAGUGGAUGCAAUUGGUCUGUUGUAACUAUGGAUGCCACAAAAGAAUUUGAUUAACAGUUGUGAGGAAGCUUUUGUAUUACCUUUGUAUUUGGCACUGUAAGAUCGCCACCUAGUGGCUUCAAUGAUCUGUGUGUCGAUGAAGGGAUUACUGGUCAAGAUCUUUUUAAAUGAAGUCCUUUCGAAAAAGCAGCUUUGCUGUAAGUUAGAAAAUGUCAUGAUUCUGUGAUGGAGCACGUGUCAUUUACCACAGUACAUGUAGCUCCAGGAUUUGUACAUUUAAUCCUAUUGGUUAAAAAAAUGCUGGAGACUAAUGUUAAACACAUUACAGUAUAGGCACUCUUCAAAAGCCCACUGAAACCCUGCGUCUAUGUCAAUCUCCACAUAUCCACUCCCUCCAAAAACACAUCGUUGCUUUCAAAUCUUUUAACAUAUAUAUUCUCUACUCCUGAAUCGUCUUAAAGUUUUAUCCUGUUUGGGAGGGGUGCAUGCCCAAAUUUAGGUGUGUGAUGGUCAGGUGUGUGUUUGUUUGGAAUUCUUUUGUGUGAACUUGAUUUGAGUGCCUCUAUACAUUGUACAUUCUUUUUUUAUUGAAUUUUUUGCCAAAUAGUUAUAUAUUAUGCAAUCAGAGAAAAUCCUUCACAUGAUGAAAUUUGUUGUUUUUAUGUUAUACAUCAACUUAAUGAGGAUACUAUGCUGUUUUCAGAACUCUAAUUAUUCAUCAUUCUAGGUUGUCUAUAACUUGAGUUAUGCUCUUGGGAAGUUAUAUAAACCGGCUGACCUCAUUUUGAGAAUUCAAGCUUUAAAGGUUGGAGUAAAAAAUUUCAUUGGCAUAUCACAAAAUUGACGGAGAGGAAGAUUGCAAAUUAAAGUUGUAGUUGCAUCAAAGGACAGUUAUUUGAAUAUUACCAAUUGAAAUGGUGAAAAAUCUCAAAUUGUCAAAAAUAAUUUGGAGACUAAUUUGCCAUUACAUGCAUAAAUUCCAAAAUAAGUUUGGCGACAUCUGAAGGGUUUUCCCAGAUUGCAUCACAUAUAGAUUUAAACUUCAUGAAGGUAAACCCGGACCAAACUGCUUCUUUCAAUAUCUCAUUUAGAUAUCGAGAUAUCUAAAUAUUCUGUUGUACAUUAUUGGAAAACAAGACACCUUUAUUUUUAACUGAAUUUUUGUGCUUAAAUUGUUCUGUUCGACCAACAGUUUUAUAGCCACAUUUCAGGAUCACCCAUCAUAUUAUGCAUCUAUCGUGAUAUUUACAUAUAUUUAAAUUUUGCAUCGGCUGCUUAUGCAUUUUGUCUGUCAACAGAAAUGUAGAGUACAUGUAUAUCUGUUUUUGUUUUGCUUAAGCAGGUUUCAUUCUGCAGUUGUGUAUAUUGAAAGAGAGAAAAAUCAAAUCUAUUUUGUGAUGUUGGAGUACAGGUAAAUGCCUGCCUUGUGCAAUAUAUGAGUUUGUAAAUAUUGGUGUAUUAAAAUACAUUUAGUAGUUCGGAUUCAAGAAAACUAAUACGGACGUUUCACAGUAGUGCGCCACUAAGAGUUUACAAUGCAUUCGCCAAUCACAAUGUGCGAAAUCUGUUGUCCCUUUCCAAAUGCGCAUUGGGUCGAAAGUUUUCGGGCAGCGCGUUACAUACUCUUGGUGGCGCACUAUUGUAAAUUGCCUGUAUUAGGAUUGGUGUAAAUAAAUUUGUGAUAUUUAUCAAAAUAAUUGAUACACAUCACCUUUAAAAUGUGUUCAUGUCAAGUGUAAGAAAUCAUUCUUAGAAGAAAUCGUUUAAAACUUUGAAAAAUACGUCAACUGUUCUUUGCCUUGGGCUAUUUUCUUCUCAAACCUCUUACCUUUGCUACUUAAUACCGGUAAAUGAGCAGUACCAUAACAUGUACAGUUUAUUUUCAAGUUUGUGUGUCAAAAUGUUUUCACAUGCUUGGUUUGCAUGUUAAAAAAAAUGAAAAAAGAAAAUGGGGGGGGAAGGCUGAUAUCACAGUAUUUCUUCGUUUGUUGACUUACUUUCUCUAAUUUUUAUAAUUCUGUCUUGAAUUUUUACCAUAUACUUAUACCUACACAGGGUAUAGUCCUCACUGGUGGUUCCAGAUGUUAUGUUUUUAUCAAGCAUCUUCUAUGCUAUGGAUUGCGAUAGAAAAGCAUCGUUCAGCAACAAUUGAUGUCUCUUGAAUGUUUCAUAUUAUUGUAAAUGAACAAUUGCUUUGUACGUGUUUGUGAUAUGUACAUUUACUGUGUAGACCAACACUGUGGGAUUGAAGAUGGCAGUAGAUCAGCAUUGUGGAAGUGUGAAUUUGUAGGAGUUUCUGAAAUAUUACAGCUGCCCUAGUACCAACACUGCUUGAUACGCCACGGGAUAAAGUAAUGCAGUAUCUGGUGUGAUUGAAUUGUACAUGUACAUCAAUUCGAUUGUGUGGCUGAAAGAAAUAUCACUGUGAUAUAUUUCAUAACUAAACAUAGCUUUGGCUCCAUGACCUUCAUGUUUCUUUCUCUUUUUCCUUCACUUUCCUUCCCCACCUGUUUUGGCCAACAGGUCUCAUAGAACGAUCAUUCUGUAUUACAUUGCAUUUUGUCACUGAGUAUCGAUUGCUUCAGAUUUGUUGUCUGUAGAUGCAGGCUCAUCGUCCAGUAAAUCACAUUCUGUCAUUCACUUUGAAAGGUGAGUUGUGCAGUCUAAUUUAGUGUAUGGAUACAUGUACUUUGCACAAUUUAGACUCUGUAAGCUAUGUCACUAAUACUUAAAAGCCAUGUUGUGUAUAAAAUGCUUGACUUUGUCCAUA